AUGUCUAUUGGAAGUGUGUAUGAAACAGCAUACAGAGGCGAUUUUAAUCAAGUAAAGGUCAAAAUCGAUGCUGACUCGUCUUUAAUAUCGACACCAGAUGAAAAUAAACGUCUUCUUAUACACUGGGCAGCUCUUGGUGGUAAUGAGAACCUAGUAGACUAUUUGAUUGAUUUGGGAAGUGUGGUUGAUGCUAUUGAUGAUACAAACAGUACUCCAUUAAUAUUAGCUGCAUCAGCAGGCAGGGUGGAGGUGGUAAGACUUUUAAUAGGCAAAGGUGCAAAUGUCAAUCACAAAACAAGCCGUGGUCAAACCUCCUUGCAUUAUGCUUGUUCAAAAGGACAUAGAGAGGUAGUGAAAUUAUUAAUAGAAGCAGAUGCCAUUGUGUCAGAGGCAGAUGUAUUAGGUGCUACACCUCUUCACAGAGCGGCCGCCCAAGGAAGAAUGGAGAUAGUUGAAAUGCUAACAAAAUGUUCACAUUUCAAAGUUGAUGUGUGUGAUUCAACUGGAAGUACUGCAUUACAUUUAUCCUGUGAGGAGGAUAGAGAGGCAGUGGCUUGUUUAUUGGUAAAGGCUGGUGCCAGUCUUGAAAUACAGAACAAGGAAAAGAAAACACCGUUGGAUCUCUGUUCUAAUAAAUUAAGGCAAUUACUAAUUAACUUGAGCUCAUGA